UCUGCUUCCUCGGCAGCUCCUCCCCGCGGGGACAUCUCGAAAGCGGCGCGGGGAUAAGAGGGACAGUGCGGAGCCCCCUAAGCGGAAGAUCGGGCGGCUGUGUGUGGAAGCGGAGCCCGAGGCGCCGUCGUCGGCUUGCGGCGAGUGAGGCCGGACCUGCGAGAUGGUGCUCCGGAAGGGCUCAGGGACUCUGUGUGAGGCGCUGCUCAUGGUCCAGGCCUAUCACGCCAACAUCGUCUUCCCCAACAAGCAAGAGGAGGAGUUCAACAAGCUGACUGAGGAUGGGCACGUGCUUGACUCGGAGACGUACGUGGGGGGCCAUGUGGAGGCACUGGAGUCUGGGGUCUUUCGAAGUGACAUCCCCUGCCGGUUUAAGAUGAAUCCUGCUGCCUUUGACUUCCUUCUGCAGCGUGUGGAGAAGACCUUGCGCCAUGCCAUUGAGGAAGAAGAGGGGAUACCCUUAGACCAAGUGACCAACUUCCAGGAGGUUUGUGAUGAAAUCAAAGUUAAACUGAAUUCCCUGAAGGACGUUCCCAACAGGAUUGAGUGUCCUCUUAUCUACCAUCUGGAUGUGGGGGCCAUGUAUCCGAAUAUCAUCCUGACCAACAGGCUGCAGCCCUCGGCGAUGGUGGACGAAGCUACGUGCGCCGCCUGUGACUUCAACAAGCCAGGUGCUAAUUGUCAGCGGAGGAUGACUUGGCAGUGGAGGGGAGAAUUCAUGCCUGCAAGCCGCAGCGAGUACCACCGCAUCCAACAACAGCUGGAGUCGGAGAAGUUCCCCUCUCUCUUCCCAGAUGGGCCUCCCCGGGCGUUCCAUGUGCUGUCCUGAGAGGAGCAAGCUAAAUAUGAGAAGAAGCGCUUGGCAGAUUACUGCCGCAAGGCCUACAAGAAGAUCCACGUGACCAAAGUGGAGGAGCGCAUCACUACCAUCUGCCAGCGGGAAAACUCCUUCUACGUGGACACGGUGCGGGCCUUUCGGGACCGGCGCUAUGAGUUCAAGGGACUGCAUAAGGUGUGGAAGAAGAAGCUGGCGGCCGCCAUGGAGAUGGGCGAUGCCUCGGAAGCGAAGCGCUGCAAGAACAUGGAGAUCUUGUACGACUCCCUGCAGCUGGCACACAAGUGCAUCCUCAACUCCUUUUAUGGAUAUGUCAUACGCAAAGGAGCCCGGUGGUACUCCAUGGAAAUGGCUGGCAUCGUCUGCUUUACGGGCGCUCACAUCAUCACACAGGCCAGGGAGCUAAUAGAGCAGAUUGGGUGAGUCCUGGAAUGGGCGGGCUGCGGUGGCUAGAGAGGCUGCCAGGCUGCGUAUGUGGCCAGGUAGACAAGAGGAAACUCUGAGCUUGGGUGCAAGCCUGUUGCCCCAAAGGGGGCUUGUCUCCCUGUCCCUGGUUGAUACACUGGUGAGUGGUCCAAUUCUGGCUGUCUUGCGUUUCUGGGCGCAAGAAAUGGCUGGCCCCAGUCUGGGCUCAAGGGCACCUUCCCCACCUUGGUUUAUUCCCUUCUGCAUUAUGCCUGGGGGGUGGGGGGAAGCGAGGCUCUGUAGCGAUUCAGCAAGAAAGAGAAGGAUCCACUACAUGUCACUAGAGGCUGCCGCCAUCUUGACCUUCAGUGGUGUUUAGUGAUAUGGGUUUCCUAUUUGCAUAGGGUAAUCUGGAAUUCCCAUCAAUACAAGGCAGCAUAAACACUACUGAGGGAUGAUGGGAGUUUCAUUCCAGCAACAUCUGGAGAGCCCACAUGUUCCCCACCCUUGCCCUGAAGUGUGAUCUAAGUUAGCAUGUUUAUUUUACUUGUAUUUAGUAAGCAGCAGCGCUAAAAAAAGAAAGUAUCCCAUAUUAUUAUUUUUGUCUCAAUACACCACAAAUAUUUGAUCUGAAAUAUUUGAGGAGGGAAAUUAAAGCAUACUUAAUGUGAUUUAAACAGAA